AUGGGCGCUCCAAGAAACGCCAUCUACGCUGAGGAGAGCGCUGAAGUAGAAGUGCUUUAUGCGGACCUCGAAAAGCUCAACACCCUCACCAAACGGAUUCAAGGCUCUUUAUCUCGGCUAGAGGCUAGCGGAAAGGUGGUCAAGAACGCGAUCGGUCCCAUAUACGGUAACACACAGGCUCUCCAGGCCACCAGCACAAACAUCGACAGAGUGAACGAUGCUAUCGAGCGGAUGCGCCGUCCGUUAGACGUAAAGGGCCAGGAAGAGAGCAUAAUACGGGCUGGACCUCAAAACGCGGGCUUACCUCAAUUCAUUGGGGCAUUGAAACGUAUCGACCUCGCACUCACGGACCUGAACGCUACGAAACUUCGAUCAAACCAAAAGGCUGUCUCCGAAUUUAGCUCACUGCUCAGCUCAGGCAGUAGUAAGCUACAGGAUCUAUUCCACUCGACCCUAAGCACGGAAGCUAAUACUAUCGAACCACUCCAUUACCUUACUAAACAACUAUCCUUUCCUUUACUGUCGCCAGAUGCUUUUUCUGAACUCACUCCUGUCGCCGGUGCAAUUACUGCUGCUUCCAAACAUAUGCCCCAGCAGGGUCACAUAGAAAACCCUGCAAUCUCUAUUUACGCUGAAGUCCGCGGCCCUUACCUGACGAACAGCUUACAAAACCUAGCUACCGCGUCGAUCAACACCGCAAAACGCAGGCCAGUCGAUGGGCCUUAUAAACAAGGCACCAACGGAAUCGGUGUAUACUCAAAUGUCAUAGAAGGAAUGUUCCUUGCGGAGUAUGAAAACAUUGUCAAGAUUUUCCCUCCAGAUCAACAAGGGAAGGCUCUUCAGGCAACAUGUCGACCUGCCCUAGCAGAAUUCUCCAAAACCAUGCGUGAGCUGAACAUGUACAUCAAAUCGAAUCUGAUCAACGAUUGUUUCCUUGCCUUUGAAAUAAUCGAUAUCGUCACCUCACUAUCAUACCGCCUAGAUUCGAAAACAGGUGACCUUAAAAAUCUAUUCUUUGAAGCUCUACGGCCCAUCAGAGAAACAGCCAAGUCAUCUUUGACAGAACUACUUGAAGAAACUAAACGCCGAUCAGCAUCCCUUACUACGCUACCCCAGGACGGCUCUCCAGUUCCCCUGGUAAACGAAGUGAUGAGCUCCCUAUCCACACUAACUGCUUACUCAAAGCCUCUCGCUUCUAUUCUCACAUCACUAGGAGAUGGCAACUGGAAACCCUCUGCAGCCUCCAACGCUGCACCCCUUGACGUGGGACCAGAUAGCUCUACCCUACUAUCCCAUUUCAUACUCGACAUGAUCGAUGCACUCUUAUCUUCCCUUGAAGCUCGCGCGAGAGCAGUACACAAAAGCAAAGCCACCCUAGGCGCCUUCAUCGCCAAUAAUGUCCACAUAGUCGACAGGGUCAUACGCAGUACCCCAGAACUAUUAAAUUGUCUUUCAACGCCAGAAAACGCCAGCAGACUUGAAGUGUGGCGCAAGAAGGGUGUAUCGAUAUACCUCGAUGCAUGGCGCGACCCGUCCUCACAUCUGUUAGACGUACAAUAUACAAGCAGAGGCGGCGCCCGACCUACCUCAGGCGGGCCUGUUGAUUCCGCUGCUAUUGUGAAAUCACUAUCAUCUAAAGACAGGGAUGUGAUUAAAGAUAAAUUCAAGGCUUUCAAUUCUUCAUUUGAUGAACUGAUUGCGAAGCACAAGUCACUAAACAUGGAAAAGCCAGUUCGCACGUCUCUUUCGCGUGAGGUACAGGCUGUCAUUGAGCCUCUGUACGCGAGGUUCUGGGAUAGAUACCAUGAGAUCGACAAGGGAAGAGGGAAAUACGCCAAGUACGACAAGGGAAGCCUCUCUGCGCAGCUCUCCGCUCUAAGCUAG